AUGGCCAUGAGACAAAUCCAAGUCGCCGACGACACGCUUGUAAUCCAUGAGCUCGAGGACGUUUGUGACCCGGCCACUGGCCGAGCACUCACCGGCUCAUGGAUUUGGGCCUCGGCUUUGGUCCUAUCCAACUGGAUGACCAACCAAAGCCGAACAAACUUCAGUUUUCUAGGCAAGACCGUGCUUGAGCUUGGUGCAGGAGCUGGACUCCCCGGCUUGACCGCAGCCCGGCUAGGAGCGAGCCAAGUUGUGCUCACCGACAUCAAGCCGCUGCUUCCAGGUUUGCUGAAGAAUGUCGAAGCCAACGGACUUGGUGAACAAGUCAAGGUCAGGGAACUCAUGUGGGGAUCAGACGAGUCAUUGAGCGAAGUCGGUGAGUUUGACUUGGUUUUGAUGUCUGAUGUGUUCUACAACGCCGAGGAGAUGGUUGGCUUGGCCAAGACGUUGAAAUGUGUGUGCAACAGAAAGACGACAGUUUUGGCAGCAACUGAGGUAAGGCCCUCAACUGCUGAGUGCCUGAGCGAGUUUGUUAGAGAAGGCUUUAUGCUUGUUGAGUUGCCGAGUGAGUUCGCUUCUUCAGAAGGAAUGGACACGGAGAGUUUGGAUUCCUUUGCCAUCUUCCAAGUCAUACCACCGCAUGAAGAAAGCCAAAUGGAUAGCCCUUGUAAUCGAGACCACAGGACAUGA